CUCGCAUUGGCGGGGGUUACAGCCUCGUGCGCGGUUCUGUUCUCCCAUUGGUCAGCGCUGAGGCUUUUCCUCGCCGCUUCAACUAUCCUAGGACAUUUCUCGGCCUCCCCUUUUCCGCUUCUGCGCAGUUCUCCUAGACUUGUUCCGCUCGUCUCUCCGCAAGUACAGUCACAAUGUCGGAAUUUAACGCGGUGCCGACCGGGCCCGGAGUUCCAGCCUCUACCCAGCAACCGCCCGGAGCAGGCGGCCCUGGGAUCAGGAAAGACGCUUUCGCCGACGCGGUGCAGAGGGCCCGGCAGAUAGCAGCCAAGAUCGGAGGCGACACCGGGACACCGCCGAUUAAUAACAGUGCGACGCUGCCGGAGUUCCCUUUUCCGGGGCAGAAACGACAGCUGGAGGACGCAGAACAGCCAGACAGUAAGAAACUAGCUUCUCAGAAUGACCCAGUCGGAGCACAGCUUGCUGCUAUCCACCAGCAAAGGACGACUAUAACCGAGGAGUACCGGGUGCCUGACGGCAUGGUGGGACUCAUAAUCGGACGGGGGGGUGAACAGAUCAAUAAAAUACAGCAAGACUCGGGGUGCAAGGUACAAAUAGCACCAGACAGCGGUGGUCUACCAGAUAGAAGUGUUUCUUUGACAGGGUCUCAAGACUCUAUCCAAAAAGCGAAGGGGCUCCUGGACGAAAUUGUCUCUCGUGGCCGAGGCGGUCCCCCCGGCCCCUUCCAUGACUCCACGAACGGGCAGAACGGCUCGGUGCAGGAGCUCAUGAUCCCUGCGGGCAAGGCGGGGCUCGUCAUCGGCAAGGGGGGCGAGACCAUCAAGCAGCUGCAGGAGCGUGCGGGUGUGAAGAUGAUUCUGAUUCAGGACGGCUCUCAGUCUGCGAACAUGGACAAGCCCCUGCGCAUCAUUGGAGACCCCUACAAAGUGCAGCAAGCUCGUGAAAUGGUGAUGGAGAUUCUGCGGGAGAGAGACCACGGUGGCUUUGGGGAGAGGAGCGAGUACGGCUCCCGAAUGGGAGCGGGGUCCGGAGGAGGGGGUUCUGGGUCUGGAGGAGGGGGCAUAGAGUCGUUCUCUCUGCAGAUCCCUGUGCCUCGGCACUCUGUGGGAGUGGUGAUUGGUCGAAGCGGCGAAAUGAUCAAAAAGAUCCAGAACGAUGCCGGAGUUCGAAUACAGUUCAAACCGGAUGAUGGCACGGGCCCCGACAAGGUGGCGCACAUCAUGGGCCCCCCAGAGCGCUGCGAGCAUGCGGCAAGCAUCAUCAAUGAGCUGCUGCAGAGCAUUCGGAGUGGUCCUCCAGGCCCCCCAGGUCCUGGGAUGCCCCCUGGGGGUCGUGGACGGGGGCGGAGUCAAGGGAAUUGGGGUCCCCCUGGGGGGGAGGUCACCUUCUCCAUCCCUAGCCACAAGUGUGGGCUCGUCAUUGGCAGAGGCGGGGAGAAUGUGAAAGCCAUUAACCAGGAGACGGGUGCGUUCGUGGAGAUCUCCAGACAGCCCCCGCCCAACGGGGACCCCAACUUCAAAUUGUUCAUCAUCCGGGGUUCCCCCCAGCAGAUUGACCACGCCAAGCAGCUCAUAGAGGAGAAGAUCGAGGCUCCUCUGUGUCCAGUUGGCCCUGGUCUGGGUGGUCCAGGCCCUUCAGGUCCAAUGGGCCCCUACAACCCAGGCCCGUACAACCAGGGGCCUCCUGGUGCACCCCCACACGGAGGACCCCCUCCCCCUCACCAGUACCCUCCCCAGGGAUGGGGCAACACCUACCAGCAGUGGCAGGCCCCCGGACCCCAUGACCCAAGUAAGGCGGCGGCAGCAGCAGACCCCAACGCAGCCUGGGCUGCUUACUACGCCCAGUACUACCAGCAGAGUGGCGCCCCAGUGCCAGGGCAGCCCGCCAGCACUCCCAGUGGAGCUACUGGUGAGCAGCCACCUGUUAGUCAGAACGCCACAGGACAACCAGAUUACACCAAGGCAUGGGAGGAGUACUACAAGAAACUAGCUCAGGCGUCUGGCACAGCAGCAGCAACGCCCCAAGCAGCCGCAGGUCAGACUGACUACAGCGCUGCCUGGGCAGAGUACUACAGACAGCAGGCAGCUUACUAUGGGCAGCCAGGGGCCCCCGUGCCGGUUCAACAGCAGCCUUCCUCACAGCAGGGGCAGCAGGUACAGAGACCCUACCCCCCCUAUCCAAUACCUCCUUACCCCCUAACUCUCAUAGCAGGGGCAGCAGGCCCAGUGAAGAGGGGAGGGGGAUACACAAUUUGAAAAGUGAACUCUUACGUCCUGUGAAAACAAACAUUCAGUUCAGUCCUCCUGGGUUUUCUUUUCUCCUUUUUUUUUUUUUUUUUUUUUUAAUAAACAUUGGGAUUGCCUGGCUGUAGGAUCUCUCCUCUCCUUGCCCCUCUAGUCAAGAAAUCUGCAAAGUUUUAUCUACAAUGAUCUAUCAAUGACACAAAAUCACGGCUUUUGAAUGAACAAACAUUUUCUGGCUGGUACAAGACUUGCAGAAAACUACAACUUCUGUCCAUUUGUAAACUUCAGGGUAGCACAAAAAAGAACAUUGUAUUGGGCUCUAAUCUACUUUUUGUUUUUAAUUGUUUUGUUUUUUUAAUUGUAGGAAAUGCGUUUUUUUUUUCUGACCCAAGAUGAACAUUCCCUUUUUUUUGGUAAAGUUGUCUUAUUUUUAUUUCACAACUGCUCUGAAGAAAUUAAGUGUUUUUUUUAAGCUGGGCUGUUAGUGAGUGGGUUUGUCUGUUUCAGCACGAGACACACAAUGAGUUGUACGCUUGGUUUUUACUUUUUAAUGCUAGUUUUUAAAACUUCACAAUAAACAAUAUCAAAAUG